AUCUUCACCAUACGCUGCUUGUAUACUUCCCUGGUUCUGCAUGGGCUAAAUAUCUUCACGAUCACGUGUCAUAUAUCACGUGUAACCAGCAAAGCCGUUUACUUUGACAAUACUUUAAGGCUCCAAGUUGCUCCAAGACAUCCUCGCACUCUCCACAUCCAAUGAAUACAAUGAGCGAUACUGAGCAGAAACUUUGCUUAGCUGUAUCCUGGCUUGCCUCACAGCUGCUUACCGAUGACAUUGCUACCGCCAUUGCCUCGUCGCAGCUUUCCGAUGACACCCUUGCCGUCAUAUUAGCCACUCUUCUCGUGAUGAUCCCGGAAUUUUCCGAUGCCGAUGCAGUUACUGGGCUAGUAAACACCAUUUUGAGUCCAAGUAAUACCGACUAUGUCGAUACAGAGGAAGCUUUGGGCAUGUUGAUCACCAGACACCCCGAGCUCUCCACGGUUUGCGGCUCUCACACCUACUCCCGAUUCAACGCUCUCAGAACCUAUGUUACCGCUGAGGCGGAGCUUCUAAAGCUCAGUUCCAGUCCCUCGUCGGCUGGCUUUGCCAAAGCGUACAUUAGGAAGAAUAACCUUCUUGUGCACGAUCUCCGAUUCAGCACGUUUGCCGUCCCCCAGCUGGAGUUUGACACCUGGCAGCAAGGGAUCGUGGCUCCGUUGACGUGGUUACAACAGCUUUCCAGCAACAUCUCGCUAGUGGAAUUUGAAUCCUUAUCUGAAUCCGACGCGUUCGACUACCUCGUUUCGUUUGUCACCGAAGCAAACGUGGAUGCCGUCUGUGAGAAUGUCUUGAACCCGUACUUGCGAUACACAACCUACCAGAUUCUCAUCAACUGGUUGUUUCAGCAGGAGCGUUCAACCAGUUCCCUAGAGACCAAGUAUCAUAUUCUCAAAUCGUUGGUGGUGUUCUUUGCAACACGACUUCUGCUGGAAGACUUGGAGAAGUUGGUGAACGUGUUUUUGAGCCUUUGUUACUGCUGUCCGAGUGUGUCGUUGCCAAUAUUCCUUUCCAUCAAGGAGACAUUGGCGGUGUUGAGCGAUCUCAAUUUGCCACAGGGCAAGCCUGGCUUCGAAACUUCUCAGACCCUUGAGAACGCAACGGUGUUUGACUUCUCCCAGCUAGGCAUCUGCCAGCCGACCAAGGUGUCUAUCAAGCACCUCUCCACAGUGAUCGAGACAGCUGAACAGCUCUAUCUGAACAACCUCUCCUUUAUGGACAUCCUCCACCUCAGCUCUGCCACUGCGGAGCAACAGAUGCUCCAGUUAGAGACUCUAUUUUCGCGUACCGUACCGCAAAUCACCUCUGCCAAAGACUGGACUGCGUUUGUCAGCUCUACUUACAGGUUAUAUUCACAUUCCCAGAUCUUCAGCCAGAUCAAGAGGGAGGAUUUCAACUGGUAUGUUUUUCAGACCCUCGUGACCCACCAGCAAUACACCGUGCUUGAAGCUUCCAGAAGCAGCAUAGCCCAACUAGGUGAGCUUGAUUCGCAAAGGGUGUCAAAGGAAUUGGCCUCUAGGUUUUGGUUAGAAGUGGAGCAAGCCACCAAUUUGAACUCUUCGUUGUCGCAUCUUUCCAGCGCGAAGCUCAUUCUACGCUUGAUGGGCGACGAGUACCCUCAUUGCAAAAGCGCCAUGACAGUUUUCGACACCCUCAAAAAUUUCAAGUUCCACUUGGAGAAAAACGUCCCUGUGACCCCCUACGCGCUAUUGAAACAGAUCCGCGCCAACUACUUUGUAGUGUUGGAAAGGAUCUUGGAGCUUAAUAGCAAAUCUUACUACGCCCCCGAGAAGUUAAAGAGACUCUCGUAUGAAAUGGAUGCCAUCAGCGUAAACCAUCGCACGACCGUGGAGCAGGACUUGCGGCUGAUGACGCUCUGUGCAGAGUCCGCAUUGGCCGACGACAACUUCAAGUACGCGUACAACUUUGCCACCAAGCUUUUGAAAGAACACUCCAAGGAAGAGCUCCAUCCGUUCUGGCUCACCUUUUACCAGGUGGGCAGAUAUACAUCCCCGUCAUGGAGCGAGGAAGUUCGCGAGAUCUGGCAGCAGCAAUUAGAGGUGCUCUCGCAGACCUUGCUCUUGCUUCCUGACAACCAGUUGGAGAUUAAAAAGUUGGUGUUGGACCAGUGGUAUACGUUGAACGCGCGGUUGCGGGAAACCGGCCAGAAUCUCAGUUUAAAUGAAGAGAGAGCCGAAAAGGGCCUUGAGAAACGCUUUACCGCUGCGCUUGCGUCAGGGGUCAAGGAGCUAGGGAUCGACCGUAAGCACGCACUCCAGGCAGCCAAUGACACUACCGAGAAGGUGUCGAAUCUCUUGGUGAGUGGACUUGGCUGGGCGAUUGGUGCUACUCCUCCGGCAUAAGCCAACGAAUGAACUCAAGACGGAGUUGUCCUGAUUGGUGAUAAAGUGGUAUGUUUAACGGAGGGUGUGUGUGUCUGCAUUCAGCAUGUAGUAACAAGCAGCUUACCACACCCGAUAAGGGCUAAGAACGUUAUUUUCGCAUAAUAUUCUCUUAUACCCUCCUAGUCCCAUUGCAAUAAGAGAUCUUGGUCCAAAAACAUUUACAUCUGUCGAAUAUCGUUGAGUCGGAUUCUCAGGUGGUUCGAGGAAGGAUUUUUUGAG